UCACCACCCAUUUUAUUUUCUCAUAUAUUUUUUCACCCUUUUCUCUCUAAAUUGCUUAGGCUCUGUGAGAGAGAGAGAGAGAGAGAGAGAGAGAGAGAGAAAGAGACAGAAAGAGAGAGAGAGUACUAACUCCUAUGCUAUGCUAGGGGACUCAGCAGUGUUAGGAACAGGAGGAGGUAGCUCAGGAGAUGGAGGAGCUUACCAUGACGGCGGAGAGACGGUGGCAGGUGGUGGUGGAUCAAUAUCAGGAGAUGAUGAAAGAGGGGGUGGUAGUAGAAAUGAAGAAGGUGUUGAUAGAAGUUUUGGUGGUAAUAGAUGGCCAAGACAAGAAACUCUUGCUUUGUUGAAGAUAAGGUCAGAUAUGGAUGUUGCUUUUAGAGAUGCAAGUGUCAAAGGUCCCUUAUGGGAUGAAGUUUCAAGGAAAAUGGCAGAUCUUGGUUAUCAAAGAAACUCCAAAAAAUGCAAAGAGAAAUUUGAAAAUGUUUACAAAUAUCACAAGAGAACCAAAGAAGGAAGAGGUGGUAAAUCAGAUGGUAAAACUUAUAGAUUUUUUGAUCAAUUACAAGCUCUUGAAAAUAACCCUUCAAUUCAAUCACCAAAACCACAACAAUUAAACACAACACCAUCACAAUCAUCUACACCUACAACAACAGCUCCAUUACUAUUACCACCCCCAUUGUUAAACUCUACAUCUUCUAUUGCUCUUCCCACCCCUCCCACCACCACUGUUCCAUCAACAACUACACUUUCAAUUCCUAUGUCUUAUACACAAUCCAACCCGACAAAUUUUCCGCCAAUGCCGAUACCACCUCCGACAAAUACAACUAACCCUCUUCCUCAAAUUACUAUAACACCCCCACCAUCUUCAUUCCCCAAUAUUUCAGCAGAUUUCUUCUCUAAUUCAAGCUCAUCUUCGACUUCUUCGGAGGAAACAACGACAAUGGAAGGUGGAUCGAACCGGCGGAAGAGGAAGAGAAAGUGGAAGGAUUUCUAUGAGAGAAUAAUGAAGGAAGUUCUUCAGAAACAAGAGGAGUUGCAUAAGAGAUUCUUGGAAGCUAUUGAGAAAAGAGAAAGAGAAAGAUGUGCUAGAGAAGAAGCUUGGAGGGCACAAGAAAUGCAAAGGAUUAAUAGAGAAAGAGAAAUUCUUGCUCAUGAGAGAUCUAUUGCUGCUUCUAAAGAUGCUGCUGUUAUGGCAUUUUUGCAAAAGAUUGCUGAACAACAAGAACAACAAAAUAUUGUUCCUCCUCCGUUGAACAACAACACCGUUGUUCCUCAACAAGUGCCUCAAGAAACAACACCGGCACCAACACCGAUAGCAAAGCCUUUGCCAACACCGACACCAUUGCCAAUGGCGACACCACAAGUUCAAACUCCAGCACCAUUGCCAAUUCCAAUACCAGCACCAGUUAUACCUCAGGUUUCACCGUUGCCGCAACAACAGGCACAAGUUCAGCAGCAGCAAGUGACGAAUAUGGAAAUUGUGAAGAGUGACAACAACGGUGGUGAGAGUGUGAUGCAAGCAAGUUCUUCAAGGUGGCCGAAAACCGAGGUUGAAGCAUUGAUAAAGCUGAGAACAACUCUUGAUAUGAAGUACCAAGAAAAUGGACCUAAAGGGCCACUAUGGGAAGAGAUUUCAAGCUUGAUGAAGAACUUGGGGUACAAUAGGAAUGCAAAGAGGUGCAAAGAGAAAUGGGAGAAUAUCAACAAGUAUUUCAAGAAAGUGAAAGAAAGCAACAAGAAAAGGCCAGAAGAUUCAAAGACAUGUCCUUAUUUUCACCAGCUGGAUGCUCUAUAUAGGGAGAAGAACAAAGGAGAGGGUGCUGCGGUAGUGAGGCCUGAGGGAACGAUGAUGGCGCCAUUGAUGGUUCAGCCGGAGCAGCAGUGGCCUCCACAGCAGCCACCACCAACAACCGGAGCAGAUGUAACCAUGGAGGAUGCUGAGAAAGAUAGGCCGCACCGUGAUGAAGAAGCGUUUUAUGAUGACGACGACGGUGACGAUGAAGAAGAGGAAGAUGAAGGAAGUGACAACUAUGAAGUGGUUGCCAACAAACCACCCCCACCACAAUAAAAGAGGAGUAAAUAAUAUGAUUGUAAUCAAUCAUAGCAAUGAGGCUCUAGGUGGGGUCCAGAAGAGUGCAUGUACUUUUGUAAAAAGCGGCAGCGGGAGGCGGAAAGUGGUGGCAACAGCGGCGGCGACAAUGGCGGUUGGUUAUUGAAAUUUUUGAAUUUAUACAUGGUGGUGUACCAUAGUCAUCAAGAUUAUAAGUUUUUUUCUAAAGGGAAAUAAUUAAUUAUUUUUUGGGCUAAAUAAAUAAGUUAAUAAGGGAGCUGGGAAUUUAAGAUAGAGAGAGGGGUUAAGAAAAAAAUGAAUAAUAGAGGAAAAAACCUUGAAUUAUGUUAUUGUCUGUUCUUUAAUUUUUUUUUGUUUUGUUUCAUGUUUAAGGUGGUGUAAAUGGGAAAAACCAUUAAUUGGGGGGUUUAUUUAAUUUUUUUUCUUCUUUACAUUCAAUUUUAUUUUUUGGUUUAAAAUUUUCGA